AUGGGAGUCAUGUUUUCCGGUUGUGCCUGUGCAGAGAAGUCGCAUGGCCUUAUCUUGGUGGGGCUCGAUGCAGCAGGCAAAACAACAUGGCUGUACAGGUUGCAAACUGGAGAAAAUGUGAGCACAAAUCCCACGAUCGUCAGUAACUUCGAAGAGAUUCGUUACAAGAAUGUCAAGUUGUCAGUUUGGGACCUCGGUGGACAGGCAGCACAUAGGCCUUUGUGGAAGUAUCACUUCCAGGGAACGAAGGGUCUGCUGUUCGCUGUUGACUCAUCCGACCGUCAGAGGAUUCACGAGGCUCGACGAGAGCUACUCGAGCUCCUCAAGGACGAGAGGCUGCAGGAAACGAUUGUGAUCGUGUUAGCAAACAAGCAAGACAUCCCCAACGCCAUGUCUGCGCAAGAGAUCGCUGACUCCUUGGGCCUGUCGACGGCUGUGGGGUCAAAGCGAAAGUGGUUUGUGCAGCCCACCAGUGCAAUCUACGGGGAAGGAAUCAAUGAAGCCAUGGACUGGCUGCUUGCUAACCUCGGGCUGGACUCUAAGGGAUCAGCAAACGUGAAUGCAGGCCACGACGCUCUCCACUACCCUCGCUCGCAGCUCAAGAUUGCAGAGGCGUGGCAGGCGAAACAAGGAGAGCAAGAGCCACCCGCUCACUCGGUCAUGGACUCGAAUGGAUAUUCUGAUGAAAGUAGCACACAGAACUUGUUGGAUGGAACUCCAAGGGCCGAGGCUUCUGACUUGACUACGUCGUCGAUUCCUCCUCCACAUACGGAUGUCGACGAGGCUGAGGGCAAGAAAGCAGCUGAGAGGCAUACAGAGACAGAAAUCAAAGAUGCCGCGGUUCGAUCAGUGGGCGAGGAAGAGGUAGACAAAGCCAGGAGGCAACCUAUGUCUGUGCAGGACGAGAGAAGCAGAGAUGUUAUCCAGGAGAAGCAUUCAGAUUUGGCGGACUUGAACCUUGAGCUCGAAAAUGAUCAUGCAAGUGAAGGGAUCAAGACGCCAGGGGAGGAAACGCAGCAUCACCAUACAAGUCAAGAACCUGUGACGUCAUCGGGACCCUUCGGUCCUCCCCAGCAUGUGGUCAAGGAAAGCAAUCAGGACGGUUCAAUCCCAAGUCAAGCGCAGCUCACGGCCACGAGAACAAGGAAUGAUCCAGAAAGUUCUGCGAGACCUUCAAGAAAUCGACCAUCACAAGCCCAGCUAUUUGCUUUGGUCAUGCGCAGUCGCGUCCCCGCAAACUUGAGGACAGAGCUGUACCACAAGAUUAACCGAGGGCAGAUCUCAACCCUGGAAGAACUUGGAGCUCAUGGAGUGAAGGUUGAUAUGGAAGCUCCUUCGCAAUAUGGGGGAGAGAGAACGAUUCAAGCCUCUCGCGAAGCGCACAGGCAUGGAGGCGGGCAUCAUUCAAUAGAUGACCAACCGCGGGGGAUGUAG